GAUUCCUUAUCUGUAAUAAUCUUACAAAAACCGAAAUAACAGAAAAGGAAUCAAGAUCCUCUCCAUUAACGGAGAGGAUCCCGAGACUCGUAGAAAACUACGUCAUUAAUGGUUGGAAUCCCAAAAAGAACAAAGUGUUAAAACGCGGUUUCAGUUUCCCUGUUCUUUUGACUCUGACUCCCAUUCACCUUCAAAACCAAUAAACAAAACCUUCAUUCAUUCAUUCAUCAUUUCUUCAUUUUGUUAUCGGAAACACCAAAAAUCAAACAAUGGGUUGCGUCGUUAGCAAAAACGCUGAGACCAAAGCCACUCGAACCUCUCGCUGGCGAUCCACUGGCAUUGUUGCUCUUCGCGAUUCCAAAUUGAAGACUUUUCCAGAUGAAAUUCUUGAUUUAGACCGAUCCGUGCGUACUCUUGACUUAACACAUAAUCGAAUAGUUGACAUUCCCGUGGAAAUUAGCAAAUUGAUUAAUAUGCAGCGCCUGAUAUUAACGGAAAACCUCAUUGAUAGACUGCCAGUGAAUUUGGGAAAACUCCAAUCUCUUAAACUCGUGAAUCUUGAUGGAAAUCGAAUUACUUCCUUGCCCGAUGAAUUGGGCCAGUUAGUAAGGCUUGAACGCUUAUCCAUCUCAGGGAAUUUGUUAACAUCCUUGCCGGCAACUAUUGGCAGUUUGAGAAACCUAUUGAUUUUAAAUGUCUCAAAUAACAAGUUACAGUCUCUUCCAGAAUCUAUUGGGAGUUGCUUCUCUUUGGAAGAAUUACAAGCCAAUGAUAAUCUUAUUGAAGAUCUUCCUUCUUCAGUGUGCAAUCUCUCUCACUUGAAGUCACUGUGCUUAGACAACAAUAAUGUGAAGCAGAUACCUCUGAAUCUUUUGAAAGAUUGCAAAGCUCUUCAGAACAUAUCGCUGCAUGGUAAUCCUAUAUCAAUGGAUCAAUUUCAACAGAUGGAUGGGUUUCAAGAGUUUGAAGAAAGAAGGAAAAAGAAAUUUGACAAACAAAUUGAUUCAAAUGUGAUGAUUGGUUCCAAAGGUCUCGAUGAGGGUGUCGAUCUAUGAAAUCAUUUCAGGCUUUUUGGGACAACUUGCGAACAUAUGAUUUUCAGUUGUACAUUUUGAUGAACUUUGGUUGUGGCAUUGUACAUUUUGCCUGCAAAUAUGUUAGAUUAUAGAUGGAAUCAAUGGUCCAGCAAUAGUCUAAAGAUUUCAUAUACAUGAUUUGAUGACAUUUUGUUAACAUUGAAAAGGGGGUUAUAUAUAUUGGCAGCUGUAAAUUAAGACUGUUUUUGAUGUAAUAUGGAAGGCACUACAUUCUUUACUCUCUUAAUUAUAUUAAGUAUAAUAGAAUGCCAAUGACUGUAUUGCGUUCCUUUGUUUCA